GAUGGGACUUCUGUGGUGUGUAAUGAGUCUGUACUUCUAUGGGAUCCUGCAAAGCGAUGCCUCAGAACGCUGCGAUGACUGGGGACUAGAUACCAUGAGGCAGAUCCAAGUGUAUGAAGAUGAACCAGCUCGUAUUAAGUGCCCACUCUUUGAACACUUCUUGAAAUAUAACUACAGCACAGCCCAUUCAGCAGGCCUUACUCUCAUCUGGUAUUGGACAAGGCAGGACCGGGACCUGGAGGAGCCAAUUAACUUCCGCCUCCCUGAGAACCGCAUUAGUAAGGAAAAAGACGUGCUCUGGUUCCGGCCCACGCUUCUCAAUGACACGGGAAACUAUACCUGCAUGUUAAGGAAUACCACCUAUUGCAGCAAAGUUGCAUUUCCUCUGGAAGUGGUUCAAAAAGAUAACUGCUUCAAUUCUCCCAUGAAAUUUCCAGUGCAUAAACUGUAUUUAGAAUAUGGUGUUCAGAAGAUCUCUUGUCCAAACAUAGAUGGAUUUUUUCCUUCUAAUAUCAAACCAAACAUCACUUGGUAUAUGGGCUGUCAUAAAAUACAUAACUUUAAUAAUGUACUACCUGAAGGCAUGAACUUGAGUUUUAUCAUAGCCAUGGUUUCAAAUAAUGGAGAUUACACAUGUGUGGUCACAUAUCCAGAAAAUGGACGUACCUUCACUCUCACCAGAACUCAGACUGUAAAGGUGGUCGGCUCCCCAAACGAUGCAAUGCCUCCCCACAUCUAUUCACCUGAUGAUCAUGUGGUCUACGAGAAAGAACCGGGAGAAGAGCUACUCAUUCCCUGUAAAGUCUAUUUUAGUUACCUGAAGGACUCUCGCAAUGAGAUUUGGUGGACCAUUGAUGGAAAAAAGCCAGAGGACACCACUAUUGACGUAUCUGUUAAUGAAAGUGUAAUUCUGAAAGUAACAGAAGACGAGACAAGAACUCAGCUUUUGAGCAUCAAGAAAGUUACUGCUGAGGAUCUCAAGCGCAAUUAUGUCUGUCAUGCCAGAAAUGCCAAAGGGGAGGUUGACAGAGCAGCCAAUGUGAAACAGAAAGCUCCAAGGUACACAGUGGAACUGGCAUGUGGCUUUGGAGCCACAGUCCUCCUGGUGGUGAUUCUCAUUGUUAUUUACCAUGUUUACUGGCUGGAGAUGGUCUUAUUUUACCGGGCUCAUUUUGGAACAGAUGAAACCAUUUUAGAUGGAAAGGAAUAUGAUAUUUAUGUAUCCUAUGCAAGGAAUGCUGAAGAAGAAGAAUUUGUAUUACUGACCCUCCGUGGAGUCUUGGAGAAUGAAUUUGGAUACAAGCUGUGCAUCUUUGACCGAGACAGUCUGCCUGGGGGAAUUGUCACAGAUGAGACCUUGAGCUUCAUUCAGAAAAGCAGACGCCUCCUGGUUGUCCUAAGCCCCAACUACGUGCUCCAGGGAACCCAAGCCCUCCUGGAGCUCAAGGCUGGCCUAGAAAACAUGGCCUCUCGAGGCAGCAUCAACGUCAUUUUAGUGCAGUACAAAGCUGUGAAGGAAACGAAGGUGAAAGAGUUGAAGAGGGCUAAGACGGUGCUCACGGUCAUUAAAUGGAAAGGGGAGAAAUCCAAGUAUCCACAGGGCAGGUUCUGGAAGCAGCUGCAGGUGGCCAUGCCAGUGAAGAAAAGCCCCAGGUGGUCUAGAAGUUGCGAGCAGGGUCUCACUUAUUCAUCCUUGAAAAAUGUAUGAAAGAGCCAGUGAAUGAUGGAUGAAAAGAUCCAGCAAUACUCCAAGAAAGAAGGAUUCCCCUGCUUUAUUCCCAGUGUGUUGUUCAUGGACAGAAACAAAUUCUAUGGAAGCCUCCCCAUAGAGAUAAAUUCAGGGUUACUGUAGCAGAACUGUUCUGCUUCCUCAGGCAAUACAAAGGCUUAGAUCCACCACUGGUUGCCAGUGCCUGAGGUCACUCCAUUUUUUGCAAGAAUUGGUGAUGCAAAAUUCCCCUUCUGCAUCCUCCAUUCCUGUUCCUGUUCAUAUCUAUUCAUUCACGCUCACUUUCUCUCUCUUUUUGGAAUAAUCUUAAUAUUAUGAGGAAGCCUUUGUUAUUGAUUUAAAGAACCCUUAUAGAUGAGUCAUCUGUUAACAAGGUCAUUAAGAGUUUCAAGUAUAGUUUUCUUUUCUUUUUAUUCAUCCCUUAAAAGACAAUCAGGGCCUAAAUUUAUCUUUGCUAAGGAAAAUUAACUCUUUUGCUCAUCCUACUAUGCUAGACACUCUCACAGCAAGACCAACACCAUUUAUGAUGUUAUAAAGCAGGGUGACUGUAAACGUUCCUUAUGAUUGGCUUAAAGGGCUUUCCCGCAUUGUGUCCUGUCAUCUCCCCCACCACCCCAUGCACUCUAUCUCAGGUAGUUGGUAUCAUAUUUGUCACCUUGAAAACUAUGUAAUAAUAUUUUAUUACAGUAAACUCCCAAUUAUCUGUAGGUUGACCCAUAUCCAUCACUCCAUCUCCCUACCUCCUGCAUUUUGGGUCAGUCAUUCAGAGCAUGCAGGUGGCUCCGCACAUGAUUCAUUGGAGAGGAAGCUUCUCUUACUGGUGCUAAUAUUGUGUAAAAGAAGAGCAAAAAGCUUUCAAGGGCAUUUUCUGUCUUAUAAGAAAAGCACAGAACAGGGUGUUUGUCAAUUUGUCUUUUAAUCUUAGCUUUGCUAAUGUGAAUAUUAGGAAAAUAAUUUCUCUUUACUUGUUUCUGUCUCCCCGUUGUAAAGUGUUCAAGUUAGACUUAGGGACCUUGAGAGUGCUUUUAGCAUUAAUACUCUAAAAGUAUUAACUGGACCCUGAGUAGUUUUCAUAUUUUAUUCACUGAUAAGUUAAUAACACUCACUUCAAACAAGUUAGACUGAAAAGUCACUGUCAACUAAACAUGUUUUAGUUUGUAUAAGUAAAACUUUACUGUUCUUAAGACUUGGAAAAGUAAAAACUAAGUCCAGGGUUUACAGAGUGGUGAAUAUCUAUGUUACAUAUAGAUUUUUUAAAAAUAUAUAUGUAUAUACACACAAAAUUAUAUAUAUAUUGCAUAUAUACACAUGAAUUACAUAUACACACAUACAUACAUGAAUUGUAUAUAUAUACACACACACUACACACACAUAUAUAUGUAUAUAUAUAUAUAUCCACAUAUGACUUUAAAUAGUCAUUGGCACAAUAUUACAAAGUACUGGAACUCUUAUCCAGUUUUUAAAUUAUGUUUUUUACUGUAAUAUUUUUAUGUCACUGUUUUCUGCACAUUAAUAAUAUUUGUGAAUUUACAGCUCCCAGAGUAGUUGUUGUUAACUUCUGCCCUCCCUAAAUUAGUAACAAUAACUUACUACUGCCACAGUUGAUCUGGGUGCAGUGUAGGUCUGUUUUGCACAGAGCUUCCAUGGUCACUGCUAAGCACUAGCCAGCCCUCUAGCAUUAAUGGACCACCUACUAUAUUCUGAGCACACAUACUUAGAAAUUAUGUUAAUCUUAGUGCUCAACUCUUGGAGAGACAAAUCUCUAUUGGACUUUUAAGUAAGAAAGGAAAAGAAAGGAAAAAUACCUAUAAAUGAGCCUGGGUGUCCUAUGAAAAAUAAUAAUUCAUAAUUUAAGGAAAUUCUUAUCUUAGUAGUAUGAAUGUUGAUAAACUAUUCUAAAAUUAUCUCCUAUAUUUGUGUCCUUCUGAUUACUAAAGUCUAUUUAAUAAAUCAUUUUUCUAUGGAGGAGUUUUUAUUUUAAAUAAAACAAAAGCUUCAUGAAUCAUUGACUAUAAAACUAUGGUAUGGGGGUCAUCUUGGAUCUAAUGUUUUUAGCUUAGUUAAUGCUUUUCAUUAUUACAAAGCACAAGUACUCCUUCUAUUAACCCUUUCAUCACAAGACCAGAGGAGAACUGACCCCAGAUAAGAUUUGAAUUUCAAUUCAAGAAUGAGCUUUAGGUAGAUGAGGGACAGCCCCAUUAUCAAGGGGCCAUUCUCUUGCCAAUGCAGCAUCUUUUUGCACUUUUGGAUUUCAUAUUUAUGCUAAAUGAUGUUUGGUACCCCUAGAAACUUCUAGAUAACUUUUGUUCUAUUUACAUUACUGUAUUUGCUACUGAAUGUUUUCAAAUGCUAAAAAUCUAAAGCAACUCAAAUCGAAAUGAUAUCUCAUCCUAAGAUAAUUUUGUUUCAAGAGUUCUUUUUUGUUUGUUUGUUUUAUGAUCCAGCAGCUGCCCAGUACAGAAUAUUUGAGAGAGAAGGAGAAACAUACAUUGGAAAGCAAGGAGAAAUCACUCUCUAAUAUUAAAAACAAAAGUAUCCAAUGUUAAAAAGAAAUCUCAAAGGUUUUAGAUAUAUGGUAUACAGACCUUCUGCACCCAAUUAAACAAACAAACAAACAAAAAGACAUGAUAUAUAGAGUGUCCAAUUACACAACCCUAUAAAAUAAUUUCAUUUUUUAUGCAAUGUAGUUUGGAUGAUUCCCUAGUAUUCUAAUAAACAAGUACUCCAUUGUAU